CAAUUAUUUUGCACAGAUAUUUGUUUGUGCUCUCGUAGAUCAACAUCAACUGCUGCUAUCACAGAUUCGAAUAUCAACGGCAUCUUCACACAUCUUAAAGCACACAAACAGUUCCAACCUUCACCACUUGAAACGUUUCUAAAGUGAUGAUGAAUGAGUUUAAGUUAGGAAACUACCUUCCCUCUGCGGUUUUAAACAUACCAUAAUAUUUGUGUCACCUAUCAAAUUGCAUUUUUAUCUACAAGUUCAAUAUAAUCCAUUUAUAAAUUAUUUUUUAAAUCUUGAAUUAUUCGAAUUACUAUAUAAUAUAAAGGGAGUUUAUAUUAGAAAAAAUUUAAUCUUGACUCUCUUUUCAUCAUUUGUGAUCACUGACAGGUCCCUCCCCUGCCAACUCCCACAGGCAAAAAAUGGCAGACCAAACUACUCCCCUCCUCCGCCGCAACUGGUGGCGCAGCCGCCUUUCCUCCCUUCCAUUCACCGGCUCUCUCCGCCUGAAAACCUCCUUACUCUCCGAACUUGGUGGCUCCGUCGGCGAUUUAGGCACCUACAUCCCCAUUGUCUUAGCACUCACAUUAGUCAGCAAUCUUGACCUCAGCACUACCCUUAUCUUCACUGCAUUCUAUAACAUCAUCACCGGUGCAAUUUUCGGAAUCCCUAUGCCUGUUCAGCCCAUGAAAUCUAUUGCUGCCGUCGCCGUCUCUGAAAUACCUCAUCUCACUGUUCCCCAAAUCGCCGCCGCCGGAAUAUGCACCGCCGGCACACUUUUAUUCCUCGGAGUCACCGGACUCAUGUCCUUCUUCUACCGCUUUAUUCCCCUCCCUGUUGUUCGCGGAGUUCAGCUUUCUCAGGGCCUCGCUUUUGCCUUCUCUGCUAUCAAAUACAUCCGUUAUAACCAAGAUUUUACCUCUACAAAGGCUAGCGCCACCUCCCCACGUUCGUGGCUUGGCCUUGACGGCGUUAUUCUGGCUCUCACUUGUGUGUCUUUUCUUAUACUCGUAACCGGCUCCGGCGAAGUUGUUGAGGACGAUGAAGAUGAAGACAGGAACGAUCGGCGUAGAGUUCGGCGUAGAUUACGAACACUAUCAGCAAUCCCGGCAGCUCUUAUAGUGUUUUUACUGGGAUUGAUCCUCUGUUUUGUUCGUGAUCCUUCAAUCAUUCACGAUAUUAAAUUUGGCCCAUCAAAAAUUCACAUUUUGAAAAUCACAUGGGAAGAUUGGAAAACCGGAUUUCUCCGGGGAGCGAUUCCUCAGAUUCCGUUAUCCGUAUUGAAUUCGGUGAUCGCUGUGUGUAAAUUGUCAGCUGAUUUGUUCCCGGAGAAGGAAGUGUCUGCUACUAGAGUCUCCGUGAGUGUUGGGUUAAUGAAUUUGGUUGGUUCUUGGUUUGGGGCAAUGCCGUGUUGCCACGGGGCAGGGGGGCUAGCUGGACAGUACAGAUUUGGUGGGAGGAGUGGUGCAUCGGUGGCGUUUCUUGGAUUGGGGAAAUUGGUUCUUGGUUUGGUAUUUGGGAGUUCAUUUGUGAGGAUUUUGAAUCAGUUUCCUAUUGGGAUACUAGGGGUGCUUCUGUUGUUCGCUGGGAUUGAAUUGGCUAUGGCUUCAAGGGAUAUGAACUCAAAGGAAGAAUCUUUUGUUAUGUUGGUUUGUGCUGCUGUUUCAUUGACGGGGUCCAGUGCAGCAUUGGGAUUUGGGUGUGGUAUUGUGCUGUUUUUGCUGCUGAAAUUGAGGGAAUUGGACUGCUUUGAUAGUUGCUUUGGGAGAUCAAACGAUGAAACUAGUCUCAAUCCAUAACAUGUUUCAGAAGACAUUAUUUAUGUUCAUUUGCUAACUUUGUAUAUCUAUUCCUAGCAUGAUUGUAUCAGUACAAAAUUGCUUAUCCUUCAUAAGCUAUAUAUAUAUCUUUGAUAAAAUCAACCAAAACAAGAGAAAAGAUUAUGUAUUUCUUCGA